AUGGAAUCCCAAGCCCUAACCACCGGCGGGCUUGUACAGGCCCAGAAUCAAAGACACCUCAGGAAUCAUGCCAGAUUGGAGGCACGUACAAUUGAACUGGCACAUCAAUUCCAACGGCAGCGGGCCGAGAAAACCAACAAAUCGUACGACAAGCCGCAGGAGGAAUACCGAGAGUGGUGCCAUGAGCAUGGAUUUGCGGAUGGGGAGAGUGUCACUGAGAAGAAGUUGCUGUUAUUUCUUGAUAAGUGCGUUGUGGACCGUCCGAUCCGGCGCUCUCGCUAUAAGAAGGCUCGUACGGAUGAGCAAGGAGAGCCAGUGACCUAA